AUGGGCAGAAGGAAUACCACGCAGGUGACAGACUUCAUCCUUCUGGGGCUGACGGAUUCCCCGGAGGUCCAGCUGGUCCUCUUCCUGCUGUUCCUGCUGAUGUACCUGAUCACAGUGCUGGGGAACGCAGGCAUGUUCCUGGCGAUCCGCCUGGACGUUCGGCUUCACACCUCCAUGUACUUUUUCCUCAGUCACCUGUCCUUUCUCGACCUCAUUUACUCAACUGUCAUCACACCUAAAACCUUGGAGAACUUACUGGCUUCCACCAAGUAUAUUUCCUACAUGAGCUGCCUCACCCAGAUGUACUUUUUUGUCUUCUUGGUUGCCACAGAAUGUAUUCUUCUCUCCUCAAUGGCCUAUGAUCGCUACGUAGCCAUCUGCAACCCCCUCCACUACCCCGUCGUUAUGUCCACAAGGCUCUGCUGCUCCCUUAUCGUGGGGUGCUAUUUUGUUGGAGUUCUGGAUUCCACAGUCAAUGUGCUUUGCAUGAGCAGCUUGCAUUUCUGUGACUCCAAUGUAAUCCAUCACUUUUUCUGUGACACAUCCCCGAUUUUAGCCCUGUCUUGCACCGACACACAUGGGGUUGAAAUCAUGAUAUUUAUUUUUGCUGGUUCUACUCUAACGGUGUCUCUGAUCACAAUAUCUGCAUCCUAUAUGUCCAUUCUGUCUACCAUCCUGAAAAUUACUUCCACUUCAGGGAAGCAGAAAGCCUUCUCUACUUGUGCCUCCCAUCUCCUAGGAGUCACC